AUCGCCACCGCUGUCUUCUCUAAUCGCUUCGCUCGCCCGCUCAAAUGGCCCUUCUGUUGUGUCCGCCUCUGUCUUUGAAUACCCAGCGGCCCCUGAGAGACCUGUCAUCGCUCUCUCUUCUCUCGAACCCUCGCGUCGUCUCCGUCCGCAGGUUUAAGCAGUGGAGUUAUAGUCCAAAGAUCAUAGAUCAUACUGCAAUUAACUGUAGAUCUACUAGGGUGAAAGAAUCCCCUUCAACUGACACUGCUGCACUGAUCAGAGAACCACACAAGUAUUUCGAUCAAGUCAUUAUUACUGUACGUGCUGGAGAUGGAGGCCAUGGUGCAGUUCUCAGCAUGCCAAACCAAAAGAUAAAUUCAAAGACACAAGGAAAAUAUGGCCACGAGAAUACUAGGAAGAAAAGCCCGUACAAAAGGGAUUCAGAUGGCUCACUUAUCUUACCAAUGGGAGGACAUGGGGGUGAUGCAAUCAUAUAUGCUGAUGAGAGUACAGAAUCUCUUUUAGAGUUUCACCAAAAGAAACGAUAUUGUGCAAAGAGAGGGGGAAAUGUUGAUGCCAUGGGUACUUUGAAUUCACAACUCCAUGAUGGAUUUGCUGCACCAACUUUACGAAUACCUGUUCCUGUAGGCACGGUUGUAAAACACAGAAGAGGAAAGAUCCUUGCAGAUUUGGCACAGCCAGGUGAUGAAAUUCUUGUUGCAAGGGGUGGACAAGGUGGGAUUAGUUUGUUAGAGAUGCCGGAACACAAAAGGAAAAGGUUGAUGGCUUUAACUACUAAUGUAAUGAGAGAUGAAAGCGACAAGAUUUUAGUUCUUGGACAACCUGGGGAAGAGGUUAGCUUGGAACUUAUUCUAAGGGUGGUUGCUGACGUUGCUCUUGUGGGACUUCCAAAUGCGGGGAAGUCUACACUUUUAGCAGCCAUUACACUUGCAAAACCAGAUAUUGCUGACUAUCCUUUUACAACCUUAAUGCCAAAUCUUGGUCGUCUUGAUGGUGACCCUACUUUAGGGGCACUGAAAUAUUCUUCUGAAGCAACACUAGCAGAUCUGCCUGGUCUAAUUGAAGGUGCUCAUUUAGGAAAGGGCCUUGGUCGUAAUUUCUUAAGACACAUAAGGAGAACACAGAUGCUUGUUCAUGUGGUUGAUGCUGCUGCUGAGAACCCUGUGAAUGAUUAUAGGACUGUUAAGGAGGAACUUCGAAUGUACAACCCAGAGUAUCUUCAACGACCAUACAUUGUUCUGUUAAACAAGACCGACCUUCCUGAGGCUCUAGAUAGGUUGCCAUAUUUGAUUCAAGAAAUUUCUAAUAUUGGAUGUAAGGCAACACUUGAGUUGGCAAUGAGCCAAAAGUUGACCACUGUAACUGAAGAUGAACAUGUACCUACCUCAGGAGUGAAAAGUGAAGAGAUGAAGGGGAUUGAAGACUAUCCACGUCCUCUGGCAGUAGUUGGUGCUAGCGUACUAAAACACAUUGGAGUUGAUGAGUUACUGAAGGAGAUAAGAGCAGCUCUUAGGAAAUGCCGAGAUUUAAACAAAGCUCUGGAACCUGAAAACAUAAAUGUUGUAUCAACUGCAGGAGCUAGGAUGAGACGAUGAACAAGCUGCUCAAAUAAUCAAGUCAUCAUCGCCUCCAAUUUUCAAGUCUACAUUCAGUUUCUCCUGGAUGACUGUGGCACAAAUAAUCAAGUCAUCAUCGCUUCAGCGAGUGCACAUUGUGUUUCUUCUGGCUUCUGCCACAGACCAGUUUGCAGAUAUUUGGAGUUGCACUUAGAAUCACCAUGACUGUGAAAAGCUUAAAGAGCUAAUUGUUUUCAGCUACGGCAUGUAUUAUCUUCAGAGCUGUUUGCAACCAUUUUUUCCUGUGUAAUCUAAUUGUAACAUAUUUAGCACUAAGAUGAUGAUAAAUAACAUAGGAACAGUUUCAGUGUCCAUCAUGGCAAUAGACUAUCAGUUGUCUUCGUACAUUGGCAAACUUGGAAUGUAAUAUCUGCCAUA